AUGUUGAGAGGAAAGAUUUUGAAAGCUUUGGUGAAGAGGUGUAGGAAGGUGAAUAAAGGAAUGUUACCAUCAUCUGUAGAGUGUGAUAAUUGCUGUCAAUGGGCAUUCAGAUGGGCCUUGUCGUUCAUGCAUAACGAAAAGAAGGAAUCUUGUAUUCCAAGGGAUGUCCCAAAGGGUCAUUUGGUGGUGUAUGUAGGUGAGAACCAAAGGAGGUUUGUGAUCAAAGUGGAGUUGCUAAAACACCCUUUAUUCGGUGCAUUGCUGGAUGAAGCUCGAGAAGAGUAUGAGUUUACUGAUGAUUCUAGAUUCUAUAUACCCUGCAAUGAAGACACAUUUCUUGCUGUAGUUCGAUGUGCCAUGACACCACGCAAUCGAAGACUCAUGUUGUGUUUUUGA